GAGAGUGAAGCAGAUAAUGUAAUGAGGGAGACGACUUUGGUCGUGGUGCUGCCACGUCAGAAUAGAAAUCGAGACUGGGCCCCACACCUGAUUACCUCCCGCCACGUAGGAAGAUAUGUUCUCCCGCGUUAUCUGGUCUGUCCAUUCGUCAAUAAUGUAAAUACUUGGGCCUAUCAGUCCAGCCCAGUUGAGGCCCAAUAUGGGAUGCGAAACACUUUUGAGAGUGAUGAUGACUAGUUGGGGUCAACUGCUAUCUCUCUCAUCGUCUAGCACCAAACUAACUGAAUCUUGGAGGAGCCCUUUCAUCUUCAGAAUCUCAGCCACUAGAAAAAUGGAAACGUCUCCCCAAUUCAUGCUCAUCUUCGCCGUCGUUAUUUCUUCUCUCAUCGCCUUCCGAUCUUACAAGCGGAAGUCGCUCAACCUCUCCGGCGGAGUUGCUGGAUUCCUCGUCAUGACCAUCCAUUUCGCCGCCGGUUUCAGGUACGGAGCUCUGCUGCUCGUAUUCUUUCUUACUUCCUCGAAGCUUACCAAGGUCGGGGAAGAUAAGAAACGACGCGUUGAUGUUGAGUUCAAGGAAGGCGGCCAAAGAAACUGGAAACAAGUGCUCUGCAAUAGUGGGAUUGCGUCGGUUCUAGUUGUAAUUGCUUCUACGUUAACGGGAUGGCAGGACAAGUGUUUGGACUCGAAGCAGUCAGAGAUUGUAACAGCUCUUAUUGGUGGGAUUAUCGGCCAUUACGCAUGCUGUAAUGGAGACACUUGGUCCUCGGAGCUUGGGGUGCUUAGUGAUGCCCAGCCUCGACUUAUCACAACUUUAAAGCCGGUGAAGAAGGGCACGAAUGGUGGAAUUACAAAGGCAGGACUAUUAGCUGCUGUUGCAGCCGGCGGCACUGUGGGAGUAACAUUCCUUGUGUUCGGACUGUUUACUGUGAGAUGUGCAAGUGAUGUGGCUCUCAAGCAACUCUUGGUAAUUCCGUUCUCUGCAUUAGCUGGAUUAUGUGGGAGUCUUAUUGAUUCCGUGCUUGGAGCAACCAUUCAGUUUAGUGGCUUCUGUUCUGUCCGGAACAAGGUUGUAGGGAAACCAGGACCGACGGUAAAGAAGAUAUCAGGUGUGGACAUUCUUGACAACAACGGUGUUAACUUUGUCUCCAUACUCUUGACAUCUUUUCUAACUUCCAUUGCUUCUGUGUACAUUUUCUGAAUUGCUGAAGCUAAUCACUACGUUUUCUGGACCGACUGUUUUCAAACAGAGGUUAAUUUGUUGUAUGCUGAGAUCACAGUCUUUUAUAAUUUCUAACAAACCGUUUCUGUUACA